AAUAUAAUUUUAAUUACAGAAGUUUGUGAGACUUUGUUUUGCAUUGUUUUGUGUAAGUUUCUAGGUUUAUCGUAAUGAAAAUAAAAUAAUGUGCAGCAAUGACUUGUACUAAAGAAGAGAUAGAACAAAAGCGCUUGGCAGCGUUGCAAAAGCGUCAGAAUAAAUUAGUGCCUUCAGUGAAUUCGACAAACAAAACAUCAACAGAUUUGUUAUGCUCUCCUUUAUCGAGUCCUGCUUUCGCUGGUAGACCUUCUAAGAAUCCAGUAUACAAUAGUAAUGCAGGUUUUCAUCCAUAUGCACGACCACCAAGCGGUCAAGGCAGCUCUCGUAACCAAAACACUGUACCCAUAGGAAAAGUUAUAAGUGGCACAGUUUAUUUGAUAACUGAAAAUCGUUUUGAAGUUAACCCUUCAGAGUUCUGUGUACCACUUAUAAACGUUUUCAAAACUAUACCGUCUAGGAGCUAUGAUGCCAACACAAAGCUGUGGAACUUCUCAGUUAGUGAUUAUCAUGAGUUGAUGAAGCAAGUGUCUUCAUUAGAACCGUAUGUAGUAUUAGGUGGACUUCCAACAUAUGUUUUAAAGGUUCUUCAAGAUCCCACAGUUGAUCCAAAUAGUAUUGAUUUGUCACCAGUUGAGUCUACACUAAGAAAUAAAUUGAUGCCAUUUCAAGAAGAGGGAGCUAGAUACGGCAUCUCACGCCGCGGCCGCUGCAUGAUAGCCGAUGACAUGGGCCUGGGUAAAACGUUCCAAGCGCUCGCGAUCGCAAGUUACUACAGACAUAAUUGGCCGUUGCUGAUCGUCACCACGUCUUCCAUGAGGGAAACCUGGCAGAGUAAAAUUCACGAGUUAUUACCAUCUGUGCCUUUGAUGAAUAUUGUGACCCUAACCACUGGGAAGGACGUGCAAUUAGUAGCUGAUCGUCAGACAGAAAUAGUAAUUGUUAGCUACAAGAUCACAAGUAUGCAUACAGAUUUACUGAAGAAUAAGAAGUUUGGUUUCGUCAUUAUUGACGAGUCUCACUACCUCAAGUCUCACAAGGCGCAGUGCACGCUAGCGUUGCGCGGCAUCACGCGGCAAUGUUCCCGCGUGGUGCUACUGAGCGGCACGCCCGCCCUCAGCCGGCCCGCUGAGUUGUACACGCAGCUCGCUCUCAUUCAACCCUCGCUGUUCCCCUCUUACACAGAAUACGGCAAGAGGUACUGUGCGGGCAAACAAACUACGUUUGGCUGGGACAUGUCAGGCCAAUCGCAUCUGGCAGAACUGCAGGUCAUAUUGCAGAAGAGGUUCCUCAUCAGACGCACCAAGGACGAAGUGCUGACGAAACUAGAGAGUAAGACUAGGGAGACGGUUCUACUGGACUCGUCGCUAAUAUUGCGGUCUGCGUCGGAGGAGCGCGGCCUAUCCCAAAUGGCGGAAGCUUGCCUCAACUCUCGCCCUACGGAGCGCCACGCGGCCCUGCUCACGUUCUUCAGCGAAUCGGCUAAACUCAAAAUACCAGCCAUUUGCAAAUACAUAAAGCAGCUAUUAAAAGAGAUGCCAUCGGGGAAGUUCCUUGUGUUCGCUCACCACCGUAUCGUGAUAGACGCGGUGUGCGACACUUUAGACGAAUGCAGUGUCAACUAUAUAUGCAUCGUGGGGACCACGCCCCCGGCCACUAGAGCAGAUUUGGUAGACAAGUUCCAGCAUUCGGUUUCGUGCCGAUGUGCCGUAUUAUCGAUAACGGCCGCUAAUUCCGGCCUCACUCUCACCGCCGCCAAUCUAGUGCUGUUCGCUGAAUUACACUGGAACCCGGGGAUUCUGAGUCAAGCGGAGUCGCGCGCGCACAGAAUAGGACAGACCGGCGGCGUGUGCGCGCGAUACUUACUGGCGGCGGGCACCUGCGAUGACGUCAUGUGGCCCCUGCUGCGGGGCAAGCUGACCGUACUCAACGACGUCGGGUUGAGUAAUGAUACGUUUGAUGACACCACAAUGAAACACCAGGAGAGCAAAAACAACAUAACUCAGUAUUUAACUCCACCGAAUUUGAAGAACAAAAACGAUUACAUACCGGGCACGAAUAUCAGAAAAGGCACAUUGAAAUCGGAAAUGGGUGCCUCAAAUUGUGUGCCAGACGCGCAAUGUGCUUUAGUUAAUGCUGAAUGUAGUAAAUCUCUGAAUGUAAAUAAGACUGAUGAACAGAAAGAUGAUUUAUUUCCUGAUGAUAUUGAGCUGGAAGAAUCGUUUCUGGAGGCUGAUGAUGAUGACGAACUCUUGGCUAACUUGGAUUUAUGAUAUUCAAUUUGGUUUUGUUAUGUUUCUAAUAAAGUGUUGCAAUU